AAGUGCAUUGUCGGUGAAACACUGAAACCUUGAACUCGCUCUUUGUAACUACGCUUCCUUUCCUUUCUUGAACUCCGAUGGGCUACAACCGGGCGCGGCGGUCGAAGCAGGACGGCCCUUCUCGCCGAACGCUGUCCAGCCGGAAACUCGAAAACCAGUUGGAUGACAGUCGCGAUACCUCACUACCAAUCCAGGAAGAGGACAAUAAUGAUGAGACGCCGGCUCCAAAAAUUCAGCUUGCCAUGUGGGAUUUUGGCCAUUGUGACAUAAGAAAAUGCACAGGGCGGAAGCUGGCCAGAUUUGGCCUCUUGAAGGAUUUGCGGGUGAAUAAUGCAUUUCGUGGCAUUGUAUUGAGCCCUGUAGGGACGCAGUGUGUUUCAAAAGAAGACCACCCGUUGGUUAAGAGACAAGGAUUGGCAGUGGUGGACUGCUCAUGGGUACGACUGAAAGAUGUUCCUUUUGUGAAACUUCGUUGUCCUGCACCACGUCUUUUGCCAUGGUUAGUUGCAGCAAACCCUAUAAAUUAUGGCCGCCCCUGUGAGUUAUCCUGUGUGGAAGCUCUUGCAGCAGCCUUGAUAAUUUGUGGCGAAGAAGAGACAGCAAAUUUGAUUCUAGGCAAAUUCAAAUGGGGCCAUUCAUUCCUAUCUCUAAACAGAGAGCUGCUAAAGGCAUAUUCCAAAUGUGAGAACGGUCCCGAGAUUAUAUCAGUUCAGAAUACCUGGCUCUUAAAUAACUCAAAACCCCACAAGUCAAGUACAGGAGGGGCUGAUGAGAAAGCUAUCAAUACAAACACGGGAUCUGGUUCUGAUACUGAUGACGGGCUUCCACCUCUAGAAGAGAACUUAAACCACUUGAUUUUAGAAGAUUCUGAAGAUAGCGAAGAAAAGGGAGAAGAAAUUGAAGAAGAACAGGAACAAUCCGAGGGUAGCGCUCCAACUAUGCUAGAUCUAAACACGCCUACUACGUUGGCCGUGAAGUAGAGAGAUAUGGUCCUCUGCUAGCUAAAAGGAUGGUUUAAUUUAGUUAUUUAUUUGACAAGUUUUGCAGAUUUCUCUUAAAUUUAUACAAAUUUCAGCUUAAGUAAAAGCUAACUUUGAUCUUUGGGUAAAUUUUCAAGGAUUAUAAAAUUAACUAAUUGCUUAUUUGUUCUGGCCUGAA